AUGACGUUCACCACGACUGUAUACGCGUAUCGCGUUCCCAGCCGCCGUCCCGUGACGUGGUUUAACCCCGGCACCGCCGCCUCUCCGGCCGCAUUUCACGGACGACGAUCGAAGAGACUACGCGACGGAGUGACACAGCUGAGUCCACCUGAUUUCCGACACGUCGAUCGCGCGAGGGUACGAGCGAGUGAAAAAACAAAGUUGCACAGUGCGGAUCACGGACCGACCUUCACCGAGUCUUCUCUACCGGUUCUACCCGGCCCAGGUGGAAAGUACACCGAUACCGAUCGUCUCAGGGAGGAUAGGAUCGGUCGCCCCGCCAAGGCUUCCAAAAUCCCUCCCAUCUACGAACGUCCAACAACCAGCAACAUUUCAGUUGAGGAAGGAGGUGUUCUUAACGUAUCAAAAUCAUGCAACCGUCAGCAGCUUCCGUUAUCUGUUACUCGUGGCGUGAGAUCGCGGCCACUGGGAGAUGCCACCUCGACGAAGGUGGAGACAGUUCCUUUGCUAAGCCCGACGAUGGAGUCGGAGCUUUUCAAGCAACCCUGGGCGUUCCCGCGCACAAAGGCGAAUCCCGCGAAAGAAGAGGAUAUCGCGGCGCUCUCCGCCUGGGAAGAGGACUUUCAGGAUCUGAGCGGCUGGUGCAUGGACACGUUCCAGGGUCAAUGCAAUUUUCAUAUAGGUGAAUCGACUACGUUUAAACUAUCAGGUACGAAAUACGAGGGUAACGGCGGUUUGAUUGCGGAGAGAGGAUUGCUAAAGGACUUGACGACUGAUGAUGAGAAGUUGGAUUUGGAAAUGAAUACCGUUAAGAUGACCAAAGCUGAGCCAAGUGACAACCGUCACUUGCUGCUAUCUCCAUCGGAACUCGUUAACGAAUACAAAUUAGGAUGUAACAAUGAGAAGAACAAAGCGUCCAGCUUGUGGUUAAUGUCGCCCGAGUCUACAGCUUCUAAGAGCACCUCGUCGAGCAAAACUCAGCACUCGGACACCAGCACGCCGUACCAGUCCGAGAGUCAAGAUUUGGAUUACGCCUGCCCGACGUCGAUCAGCACCACCGCGAAUCAGCGUGAAACGUGGGACGAGCUACGCACGAUCGAGACAACUGGAUCGGAUACUUUCGACUUACUGUCGUACCUUUGGGAGGAUGAAAUACGUUCGUCGUUGGAAGGCAACAUUUCCGCCGAUUCCUUGACGGUGCUGAAAGUCAGGCCGCACGCAGCAGCGUCGUCACCGGCACUGUCAUUUACCCCCACGAAGGUAAAGACGGAAGAGGACGAGCUGAUCAGCGAGCCGACGCCACCUUCGAAGCGUCGAAGGAUGGGGACCCGCGCGACAUCGACGAUAACUUCGUCCGCGGUCAAGUCCCCCGUAGCGUCGUCCCGAAGAUCAGAGAGGACGAGGGUAGCGGCGAGUAAGAACAAGGAGAGAGGACGAGUCGCUGUCACUGGUACAAAGACGAAGGAUAAAAACGAAAGGAAAAGACAUUACGAGAGUGAUUCCGACGAUGACGACGACGACGACGACGACGACGACGACGACGACGACGUCGCCCUCACCCAAUACAGGGAAUGUCGCGAGAAGAACAACGAGGCCUCGCGAAGGUCGCGGAUGAAUAAGAAGGUCAAGGAGUCGGAGAUGUCCAGGAGGGCGACCGAGCUGGAGAGAGACAACAAGAUACUAAAGAUGAAGGUCGAGGAGCUGGAGAAGCUGGUGACGUCGAUGCGCAACGCGUUACUGCGGUCUGCUUUGAAGAAGGAAUUUUAAGGACGCGUUAUUUAACACUUAGACGUUCUCACACGAUCUGCCGCGCUAAUCUAAUAGACCACAUUUGUUACGUCUUUCCGUUAUUGUCAUGCAUGCGCCAUUAUUACGCGACGUCUUUUACCACGAAAGACUUACGUGAACCUUAAUGUUGAGUUUAUUUGCCUUAAUUGCCUUAAUGAACGGGGGAAUUAAAAGCGUUCUUAAAGGCUUAUUAUUAUCGUUACUUUCAUUGUUUUAUCGAGAGAGAGACUUUUUUUAUUGAUUUUGUCUCCCGUCUCAAGUAUCUAUGUAUGUACACGCGGAGAGAA